GCGGCUUUACAACAAUCUCAAUAGUCAGAACUCAGAAGUCAGGAGGCAGCAUCGUUGACUCGCUCAAGCGCGGAGCGUGGCUCCAUGCCUGGUACCUCCAUCGGCCAGGCAAUACACCUCCAAAACCUGCGACCUGGGGUCUUUUUUGCUCGGUUCCAUGCAUCGAUAGAUCCCAAGCGCAGGCAUCGAGGCGAGCACACGGCGAAAGCAGAGCGUGCAAAGCACCCUUAUCCGUGCUUGUUUACGCACAGCCACCAUUCACGAGCCGAGGUGCUCCUCUGCGCUGCGCGUAGCCCGACCAAGCACUUCGAACCACGCUGCGCGUGUCUGGAUAGGGAAAAGGAGUAGGAAAGGGAAGAGACGUGCCUUUUCAAGAUGGAGAUGAUAUCAUUCAACAUAGCCAAUGGUUACCUUGAAGGCGUUGUCCGAGGGUACCGAGCCGGCCUGCUUAACGCAUCAACGUACCAGACGUUGACGCAGUGUGAGAACCUUGAAGACUUCCGUAUGCAACUCUCAGCCACCGACUACGGCAAUUUCCUUGCCAACGAGCCCAGCCCGAUCAGCACGAGCACCAUUGCGGAAAAAGCGACGCGCAAGCUCGUCGCUGAAUUCGAAUACCUCCGCCAGAAUGCUGUCGAACCGCUAAGCACAUUCCUGGACUACAUUACAUAUGCAUAUAUGAUCGACAACGUCAUAUUGCUGAUCACAGGCACGCUGCACGAGAGAGACACCCACGAGCUGCUCGAGCGGUGUCACCCACUGGGCUGGUUCGACACAUUGCCAGCCCUCUGUGUUGCCAGCACAGUCGAGGAGCUCUACCAAAGCGUCCUUGUCGAGACACCUCUUGGGCCCUACUUCCGCGACUGCGUUUCUGCCGCUGAUCUGGACGAUCUGAACAUCGAGAUUAUCCGCAACACUUUGUACAAGGCCUACCUCGAGGACUUUUACAACUUCUGCCAGACGCUUGGUGGCGUGACGACCGACGCGAUGUCGGAGCUGCUUGCGUUUGAAGCGGACCGGCGCGUGAUCAACAUAACCAUCAACUCGUUCGGCACGAGCCUGAGCAAGGAGCAGCGCGCGCGUCUCUUCCCGACAAUUGGAAAGCUCUACCCGGCAGGCAACAACCAGCUGGCGAAAGCAGACGAGCUCGAGCAGGUCAAAGCAGUUUGUGAGUUGGUCCCCGAGUACCGCGCUUUCUUCGACGCCGCACCCGGCACUGCCGGCGCUGGCGAGGCCAACGCGGACCAGCUGGAGGACAAGAUGUUCAAGGAGGAAUCGCGCAUGAACAAGAUCCUCACCAUCCAGCAGUUCAGCUACGCCACAUUCUACUCGUGGUGCAAGCUCAAGGAGCAAGAGAUUAGGACUCUCGCUUGGAUCGCAGAGUGCAUCGCGCAAGGUGCAAGAGGUGAAUUCGUGCACGCACGUUCUGGCGUCAGAAACCGAUGCACCUUUUGAUUGACCGCUUCGGACCUUCGUUCUCUCUGCUAGAUCGGAUCUCAGACUACGUUGUCUUCUGAAGGCAUACGCGUCGCUGCGUGCAGAUCCGCUUCUUUCCCACAUUCACGACCUAAUGACAAAGAGCAUGUAUUUUCUGCCGAUGACCGAAACCUUUGGAUGAGGUUUCAUUGCGAAGGGAAGGGUGAUUCGACCUCGUGUCAAUGACUAUGAUACAGUG